AUGGGCUACCCCUGGGAAAGUCUCUACAACUGGCAACCCUUCCAAGUGGAUGCCCUCGGUAUAAUCACCCUCCUCGGCAGCGAAGGAAUAGACGCCUGGGUCGGUCGCCUCGUGCCCAGCCGCUGGCUCGAAUACAUGCCUCUCCUCGCAAUCAACGUCAUCGCCGCAAAUCAAUUCCUCAGCAAACAACCCUCCUUCUUCCUCUACAAUGUCACCAGGGGCAUCCACACAACCGACAUGGCCGGCUGGUUCACCCGGUGGAUCCAAUGUCAGCAGCUCGAAACUACCCGGACCGUGAUCUGCUGGGAGUCGCAGACGGAAACGCCGCGACAGUGGAUCUAUUAUCAUGCCAUCGCAGCAACGGUUUCCUUCUGCCUUACCGGUUUUCUGGUGGUGUUGACCGUGUUGUCUCGAGACUUUUACGGUCUUGCGGCGGCGUGUGCCCUUAUUAUCUCGAUACUCGCGCGGGCUUACCUCCUAAACGCCAACCGGUCCGCCAUCGAUCGAACCGUUGUCCAACAAUCGCCCUCCCCAUCCACAUCAACCCGAACAAACACGGACAAGAUCCUAAUCAUAACCCCCGACUCCAACAUCCUCACGAUGUAUGUCCCAGGAAACCUAAUCAUCCCCGUCUUCAUCCGCAACCCUGUCCCCAGUUCUCCCAAACUCUAUGAUCUGAUCCGCUGGAUCGACUGGGGCGCAUUCUGCGUCCAGAUCAUAACCCUGGGUAUGGCGGUCCUGGCUACGCAAAUGUACGUGGCCGUGCUCAUCGCCGUGCCCUCCAUGCUUGUCUGUCGUGGCUUCGGCUGCGAUGAUACGGUGCGACCCUGCGAGGUGAAGUCGGCGAGGUAUGGUAGGACGAAGGGUUACACGUGUUGGAUCGGAUCGAGACUGAAGGCGACGGUAUUCGAGUGGCCGGAUUGUCUGGAAUUUAGCAAGACUGAUAUGGGAUGGGGGUUCAGGGGUUCUUCGGAUGUUGCACUGCAGGGACGGUCGACGAAGAGAAUGGAUCUAUUUGCGUGGUUGGACCUGACCGAGGAGGAAAAGGAUAGUAUGAGCCGUUGGGAUCUGUUGCCGCAUAAGCGCGGGGAUGAUUCGACAUGGCAGGAUGAUUUUAGUGCGAAACGAGGGCUGGUUAGGGAGACUCGGAUGGAUAUUUGGGACGUGCAGAGGAUUGUUGGUCGAGCCAUCGAGGGAGGGAGUGAUGCAGUAAGGGAUUGUGAGGAUGGAGUGGCCUCCCCGUCUGGGGAGUCAAAAGCCUACUAG